CUGCUGCACAUAUCCUUUCAGGUGUUGUAUAUUUGAGUGAAAAGAACUUUGCAGUGCGCUGCCCCUCCAUGGAUAAGUGCGCAGUGGUCUAUGACGGCGGACUCCAUGUGGUCGUGUGGAGAAAGGAUAGCUACAGACAGCUGGAAGCCACGAUGGAGGUCCCUCAGACCUUCUACAACCGCACUCUGGGUUUGGUGGGUCUCUGGAGCUCCAGCGGCGCUGACGAUUUCCUCAUGUCAAACGGCAAGAUCCUACGCUCACAAGACUCCAAGCCCCUCACGGAGGACGACGUGCAUCAGUUUGGUCUGUCCUGGGCAGUACCAGGACCAGAGAGCCUCUUGUUCUCCUCACCUCCAAGGGUUCCUCAGGUGUUCCCCUCCACCUUUGACCUCCUGGAAAGCUCUGGUCCUUUUAAAGUCAAUGAGGUGAGGAAGGUCUGUGAAAACAGCGAGUCGUGCGUCCAUGACACGCUGGCGUCCAACAUGUCUGACCUGGGUCUGCUAACUCUGAAUGCUGAGAAACGCUUUGAGAGUCUCGCUGUCCUCUUUGGUAACAUGCCUCCUAUAGUGACAGGCCCCGUCGUGAUCCAGGCCAAGGUCAGCUCUCGGGUUAGUGUUCAAAUAGUUGCUCAGGACCCCAAUAAUGACCCCAUCACAUACUCACUGCUCUCACCCUGGCCUGUGGGGGCUUCCAUUGGCGAAGUCUCUGGAUCCCUCACAUGGAUGCCGCUCAGCACCAUGCCGGUCCAGCUGACCAUAAAGGUCAGUGACACGCUAAAAGCCAGCUCCUUCUUCACCCCCAUCCUGCGAGUCUGCAGCUGCCUCAAUGGGGGGACCUGUCUGCAAGAGAGUGUCAUUGAAAACCAUCUGCAGGGAAAAUUCCAGGUUCUGGGGUGUCUGUGCCCGAAGGGAUUCAGUGGGAAGUUCUGUGGGAAUGUCACAGAUGUGUGCCGAGGCAGACCCUGUUUUCCAGAGGUACCGUGUCAGUCCAGGUCCCAGCCUGGAGAGUUUACCUGUGGAGAAUGUCCCGACAACACCUUCCCCAACGGCAGAGUGGGAUACAAAUGCUUUGAACGCGACAUGUGCAGUCCCCCGUUCCCCUUCCCCUGCCACAAAGACGCUGAAUGUCAGAGCAUAAAGUCAGACUACAGCUGCAGAUGUAAGCAGGGCUUUACUGGAGACGGCCUCAACUGCACAGAUAUAGAUGAGUGUGCGGCUUUCAUGACCUGCCAGAAUGCCAAAUAUGAUUGCAAGAACAAGCCCGGCUCAUUUGAAUGUGUCUGCAGAUAUCAAAACAGCAAGGACAGAGAAGGAUGUGGUGACUCUUCCAAUCCUCCAGGAUAUAACCUGUUCAAUGUUUCUGUGCUCUGGAGGACGAACAAAGGGGAUGGCCUCAAACAGCUGGAUGAUAUUCUGAAAUCAGGCUUCACAAACAAGUUCUACAACAUCAGUAGGAGAGAAGGAGAGACGGCGUCCCAAGGUGGCGCGGAGGAGUUCUGGGUGGCGGUGUCCAGUGACACCCCCCAUUGGUACAUCAGAGACUAUCUGUCCCGAGUCAGCAAUUAUUGUGACAUCAAGGCAGUGGAAGUUGAUGAUUUGGACGAGUGCAAGGCCAGGGAGGUGAUGUGUGUCUAUCCUGCUCUGUGUUCCAACACCUAUGGGAGCUACAGGUGUGUUUGCAACGGCAGCACUGAUGUGGAGGAAAGCCAGUCCUGUGUGAUCGACACAGGGAAGGUCAUCCAAACGAACAAGGACUUCAUCAUGGCUGUGGGCCUGGGCAUCGGCAUCCCUCUGCUUCUGCUGCUGCUUCUCACAGUUCUGGCCUGUUUUUGCUGCCGCAAGAAAACUGUGACAGGAGACCUCCCCCACUCGUCCCCGGACUACCUGCAAAACCCUCCACCCUUUAACUUCUUUGACCCUUCGUUGCAAUACAUGACCCACAGCAGCCCUCGCAUUAUAGACAACGUCACACCCAGGCACCGCCUCCGAUAACCCACGGUGCAGGCCAGCGUGGACUUUUAUUUAUACUUCAACAAAUAAUUAAACCCAAGAGCCUUUUAAGGUCACUUCUUGUGAUGCACAAAGUGGUGCCAAGUCAGAGAGAGUAGUUUACAGUUUGCAGUCAGAGUCUGACCAAGCAGAACUCUACAAGCCCAUGGCAGCAAAUGCAGAGGAAGGCUAAACCACUGCAGUGCUUCUCGGCCUCCACACAACGUUUGCAUUUUCCAGACUAUGUGAAGUUCAGGCUUAUUGUCAUUCACAGCAACGCUCCCGACUUCUUCUGCUGGAUCAAAUUCUGCAAACACCUUGGCUCUAACAUGUGAGGGGUUGCUGUUCUCCAAAGGGAUUCAUCAACCUGUCUUGGUUCUCUCUUCAUGGAAGGAUUUAUGCCUCCCUUUAGUAAACAGUUCUAGUUGGAAUCUGGACUUCAACAGCAAGUAGAAACCAUUUGUAAAUAUGUAACUUACAAAUAUGGCAUCCAGAUUAACCUUUUUGUGGAAAUGUUUUUUGUGAGAGAAAAAAUAAAACGUAUGAUUAAAAAAU